GUCAUUUGAGUGAAGGAUAUGGCCAACUGAUUGAACGCUACUGUUCUUUAUUGGAUAUGAAGCUGGAAUUUCAUCGUCGGAAUCCAAACAUACCGGGUAAUCUGCAGCUUAGCACUGAAGAGUUUGAGCGAAUUGGACAAGCAGACCCUAACGACUGGUUUCAGUUGUCCGUUGAAAUGCUUGAUUACAUGGACGAAAUUCUGAAAGUUUUUGCUGCUGGUAAGCGUAAGAUUUUCCAAAAUAUGCUUGUCAUGCUAUUUGAUAUAACUGCAGAAUGUAACUCAUAUUUUACAAGAAGUUUCUAGCG